AUGCGAGACCUAACAGCUCAGGUAACGAGCAGUCUGCUGCAGUUUCCAGAGGUUACUACUCAGGCACUUGGGGAAGAUGAAAUAACUCUAGAUUCUGUGCUAAGCGGAAAGUUUUCUGGAGGGAGAAAUGGGCUGGCGUGGCUGGCGCGGGGGCCGCAGCUGGAGGUGGUGAGCUCUGCGACGGGGGAGCGGCUCUCCGCCUACCGCUUCAGUGGCGUCACCGAGCAGCCUCCCGCCGUCCGCGUGGUCAAGGAGUUCUCCUGGCAGAAGAGGACUGGGCUCCUGGUUGGAUUGGAAGAAGCAGAAGGAAGCGUUCUCUGUCUGUACGACCUCGGCAUAUCAAGAGUGGUUAAAGCAGUUAUUCUCCCAGGAAGGGUAACAGCCAUAGAACCCAUAACGAAUCACGGGGGAGCGAGUGUGAGCACGCGGCACCUACAUCAGAGCCUGCGAUGGCUCUUUGGAGUGGCAGCAGUGGCUACAGAUGUUGGUCAUCUGCUUCUGGUUGACCUUUGUUUGGAUGAUCUAUCUUGCAGUCAGAAUGAAAUAGAAGCAUCAGAUCUGGAAGUUGUCACUCGAAUUCCUGUUGAAGUUCCACAAAGAAGAGAAAAUGUGACCAGACAAGGGAGACACCUCUGUUUUCAAUUACAAAAUCCUUCAGGAACAGCUGUAUCAGCCCUGUGCUAUAUAAGCAGAAGCAAUCAGCUCGUUGUGGGUUUUUCAGAUGGCUACCUGUCCCUAUGGAAUAUGAAGACUUUGAAAAGGGAGCACCACUCUCAGCUUGAAGGAGGAAGGAUUCCUGUCUAUGCUGUCACUUUUCAAGAGCCUGAGAAUGAUCCUCGCAAUUGUUGCUACUUGUGGGCUGUUCAGUCUACACAAGAAAGUGAAGGUGAUGUUGUGAGUUUACAUCUGCUGCAGUUAGCAUUUGGUGACAGAAAACGCUUGGCAUCAGGACAAGUCAUGUACGAGGGUUUGGAAUACUGUGACGAAAGGUACAGCUUAGAUCUCACAGGUGGAAUCUUCCCCUUGAGAGGACCAACCAGCAAUACCAAGCUACUCAGCUGUCAGACUGUAGAAAAAUUUCGCAACCAUGUUGACAGAGAGGAUAGCGUUAAUGAAGUAAUAUCUCCUGACACCAGCGUAUCAAUCUUCAGUUGGCAAGUGAAUACAUAUGGUCAGGGAAAACCAUCUACUUAUUUGGGUGUAUUUGACAUUAAUCGCUGGUAUCACGCUCAAAUGCCAGAUUCACUAAGGCCAGAAGAAUUCCUUCAUGAUUGCCCCUAUUUUGCGUUGUGGUCACUGGAUACUGUAAUAAGCAUGACUUCUCCAAACCUCAUUUUGGAUAUUCUGGUACAUGAGCGGAGUCUCAGUCGGGGAGUUCCUCCUUCUUAUCCGCCACCUGAGCAGUUUUUUAAUCCAAGCACAUAUAAUUUUGAUGGUACGUGCUUGCUGAACUCGGGAGUGGUUCAUAUGACUUGCACCGGCUUCCAGAAGGAGACCUUGAAUUUUUUGAAGAAAUCUGGUCCUUCAAUAAGUGAAGCCAUUCACGAUAGCUACAAUAGGUGUCUUGUAGCUGGCUUGCUGUCUCCAAGGCUAGUUGAUGUCCAACCAUCCAGCCUGAGUCGGGAGGAGCAGUUAGAAGCAAUAUUGUCAGCUGCUGUUCAGACAGGUUCUUUAGAACUUCUGACAGGAUGCAUUAAACAUUGGACAUCUGAAGAGCAGCCAAGUUCUGCUGCUAAUUUACGGUUUGUUCUUGAGUGGACGUGGAACAAAGUGAUCUAUACAAAAGAUGAAUUUGAUCAAAUAUGUGUUCCACUGUUUGAUGGCUCUUGCAACUUCAUCGACCCGCAGACGUUACAGUCUCUUCAGCACUGCCAGUUGCUUUUGAGCAACCUUAGCACCGUCUUAAACUGUUUUCUAACAGAAGCACGAGAGCUGACUGAAAAAGGUUCUACAGACUUGACAAAUAAGCAGGUGGUAACUAGCCUCAUUUCUUUGUACGCACAAGUAGUCAUCUGGUUCUGUCGAUCCAGUCUCCUUCCAGAGGGUUUAGAUGACGAUAUGCACUUGUCUAGACCUUUCUACAAUUAUCCUCUGAUUCAGAGCUACUAUACUGGUCACCGACAGGAUCUGGAGCGUUUGUCGAGAGGAAAAUGGGAUUCUGACUGCUUGAUGAUUGAUGGAUUGGUUUCCCAGUUAGGAGAGCAAGUUGAGAAGUUGUGGCAGAGAGAUGAAGGAGGAACUGGGAAAUACCCACCUGCUAGUUUACAUGCACUACUGGAUCUCUAUCUGCUAGAAAGCAUUGAAGAAAGCUACAAACAUGCAAUUACUAUUUACUUGCUGCUAGAUAUCAUGCAUUCCUUUCCAAAUAAAACAGAAACUUCAAUUGACUCCUUCCCAACUGCCUUUUCUGUCCCUUGGGGUCUUGUUAAGCUUAUUCAAGGCUUUUGGCUUCUAGAUCACAAUGAUUAUGAAAAUUCACUGGCCCUGCUCUUCCAUCCAGCCACAAUCAAAACUGUGCCAUGGCAACAUAUGAGAAUUAUUCAGUCCCUCAUGUGCCAAGGAGAGCAUAGGCAAGCCCUCAGAUACAUGCAGAUGAUGAGGCCAUCAGUGUCCAGCAACAGUGAAGUGCAGCUUUUCCUCACUGUGCUGUUGUCCAACAGGUGCAUGGUGGAGGCUUGGGGUUUGUUGCAGCAACAUGCCACUAAGUUAAAUGUGGAAGAGCUGUUAAAACACAUGUAUGAAAUCUGCCAGGAGAUGGGACUAAUGGAAGACUUACUGAAGCUACCUUUCACAGACACUGAACAAGAGUGUUUGGAGAAGUUUUUACAGACCAAUGCUGGUGUUCAGAAUCCUGAAUUUCUUCUAGUCUACCAUCUGCAGCGUGCCAAUUAUAUCCCAGCACUACAGUUGAAUCAGUCAAUGAAUGUUAAUCAUAUGAAUGACCGCAAUCCUCGCCUGAGAGAGCGAGCAGUGGCCAGAAAUUCUAUCCUAGACCAAUAUGGGAAGGUCCUUCCUAGAGUUCAAAGGAAGCUGGCUGUAGAGAGAGCGAAGCCUUACCGUUUGCCUUCAGUCUUAAGAGAAGUCUCAAGACCAAAGCCAUUAUCAACAGUAACAAAACAAGCUAAAGCAGGAAAUGUGCAUACAAGGGCAACUCUUAUCAACAAUGUAUUGUUCAAAAUUGGAGAAGUAUGGGGAGGAAGCGAGCAGAAAGCCAGUGUCUCACAAUAUGAUAGUCCUAGAGCUACAGAACCACAAGUCCUGUCACAUCGUCUCCCAGACGCAGAGCUGUGUGAUGCAUUUGUUGGGACACCAAUUGCAAACUCUUCACGAAAAUGUUCCAGAUUGCUGGAUUUGGUGGUUCGUCCUGUUCCUUCGUGUUCUGAAGCACAGGGUGGUAGCUGGCAGUCACCAUGCAGAGCUUCUACUUCGUUCAUGGCAUCCAGUCCAUUGAAAGCAAAUAUGCAUGGUUCCAUCUCACAAAAGAAUUUUUCAAGAGCACCAGAGCUGAAUUUACUACAGACUCCUCUUGUGGUUAAGAGAGCGAAAGCUUUGGCUGCAUCUACGUCUGGUUUUCCUGGGUUUACACCUCAGUCUAUUCUCAGGUCCAGCCUUCGUACCACACCCUUAGCAACUCCCUCUGCUUCUCCAGGACGGUCAGUCACUCCUCCUCUACGAGUAAAGGAACCUAGAAUAUCUUUCAGAGAAGAGAGCUCAAAUGCAAAAUGGACUAUUGGGGUAACAGGACAUGAUAAAGCACUAUCUGGAGCUUCAUCUGAGUAUCAUCAUGGAGCGAUGGAGAAUGCUUGGUCUGAAAGUAGAGAUAAAACAACUCCGUGUACUCUGAGCAACCCUGAGGACAGUCAUGCCGAAAUUGAAGAGUCUUCAGAAAGCAUGCCUGGAGAUGAUUUGGAGAAAAUGGACGUCAGCAAAGAAAAUAGUAACUUCUCUGCUAGGUCAGACCAAACUGCUCUGGAGUAUUAUGAUGCAAAAUCACCUGGUGAUUUUGAAGAUGAUGUCAUCUUUAUAGCUGCUAAACCAGCUAAUUCUUCCACUGAAGAACCUGCCAAUUUUCAAGAAUCGGAGAAGGAAGAAGAUGGAGAAAUUGUUGAAGAUACACCUUUCCAGAUGGAACAACCAGAUGCAUCAGAACUAAGAGAACAAGCCGGUAUGACUUCCCUGUUGCACUUAUCUAUCUAUCUAUCUUAUUUUUUUGUAGAAUUUGUGGAAGAAUCAAAUGCUGAAUGUCUUACCCUUCCAGGGGGUGGGAAAUUGGUGUUUAAAGCUGCUGAGGAGUCCCACAUGUCCUCUUCAUCAGAAGAAAAAGCCAUAGGAGUUGACACAAACCCACAGCUUUCUGAAUCCCCAGACAUGGACAGUGAACGUAUGUACAGUGUGCUGGAUGUUGAGGAUGUGCUCAGUGCUCAUUCAGAAAAGCUCCUCGAGAUGACAUGCGUGGAUUUACCUAAAGAAUGUAACCUAGAGGCAGCUGAAGUUGAAGGAGAGGUUCCUUUCCUGAAGGAAGAAAUAACUGCUUCUAACAAUCUUCCUAAACACGAGGACAGUAAUGUUAUAGAAGAUCGUGCCAUUACGUCACAAACCUCAGAGGAAGCAUCUGAAACACCACCAUAUAGUGAACUACACCCUGUAGGCAAUUUUCAACACAGCUAUGAUGCUAUAGAGCAACAGUUCACAUGUGAUUUGCCUGAUAAUGAAGAUGCUGAAGGUGAUGCAGAUGAGGGAGAUGGAGAGGUUUCUAUAUCUCAUAGUAAUUUUACUUUAGUCUUGGAAGGAGAAGAAGGUGAAGCAGAGAUGGAAGACCCUGUGUUAGUAGAUACUUCUAAACCAGCUGGCACAACAACAGAGGAAAAACCUGCCAACACUUUAGGAAAUACUGAAAACCAAGAACAUGUUACAAACUCAGUGUCUACUGUAACUAGUGAUCAGGAAUCUCAGAAUACUGCAGAGUCGCUCCCGUAUGUGCCUGAACCCAUUAAGGUAGCUAUUGCUGAGAACUUACUGGAUGUAAUCAUAGACACAAGAAGUAAGGAAUUUACAUCUGAAGUUGUAGAACAAUCUAUUCAUGAAACCAUAGGUAAAAAAGUAACUAGAUUCCAGAAGACAAAAGCUCCCUUAACGACUGUGCCAGAAGGAGUGGAAGAUGAAACCAGCAGCCAUCAGGCAGAGUAUGUCACCACUCCUAGAACACGGACAAGGGGACAACUGAGUAGAAAUCCAAGUGCUCAGCAGCUGCUGAAGGCAGACAAACCAGUUCUGUUUGGGCAGUCUCCCAGGAGAAGUACCAGGCGAACAAAAGAAGCAUCUGAGACUUCUAGUCUUCAAACAGAAGAAAAUGCUCAAGAUGAGCAAAUACCUCUGGUGAUUGUUACUCCUAGGAGAGGUAGAAGGCCUAAGGUGACUAAUUUAGAAAAAGAAGAAAGUAACCAUCCUGACAGACAAACGUUGUCUGACAGUAGGGAGCCCACAGCUGUUACUCCAAGAAGAGGGUUAAGGAGAGCAAAGGAAGCUGCAUCUGAACGCUUGGAAGAGGCUAAUGAGGAAACUGCUCUUGCUGAAGGUAGCAUUGUUGCUCCUGGUACUUCCAAAAGGACUAGAGGAGGAAAAGGUUCAUCAGGAGAUGAAGAAACUAGCCAGACUGACACUGAUCAUAAGAUAAAAAAGGUAGUCAGUCCUGGCAGAAGUGCAAGAAAACUGAAAAGCACCAAUUUGCAGUUUACUGAAAAUCUUCUAAAGGAUCAAGAUGUGCAGCCUAGUGACCAACUCCUUUUACCUGUGCCAGCUAAAAGAGGCAGAAGAAGAAAGACGAGUGCCUCAGAAGUUUUGGAAAACUCUGACCUUGAUCUGUCUAAAUCAUCCCUUCCUCAAACAGAAUUUAAACUUCCUGUCACUCCUAGGAGAAGUGCUAGGAAGGGGGCACAAAAUCUCUUGGCAGACACAGAAUCUCUCUCCACUCAGGAAGUCAUGCGUUCAGGUGGGAAAGUGGAAACCCUGGGUACUCCUAGGAGAACAAGAAGAGUCCCACAUGCUAAACCAGAAAACAACGAUACUAAUGAGCAAACACUUGCACCACCAACUGAGGAAUCGACCACACCCAGGACUACAGUAAGGACAGGGCGUAGGGGCAGGAAGAAACGAUCGAUACUGGAGGAGAUGGCCUCCCCUCAAGGGCCUGGUGGCAGUCCCCUGCUGCUUGAAGACAUAAACCCACCAGGACAAGAUGAAACAUCAAGAACUUUAACAGAUCGUAUUACAAGAACCCGAUCUGGUAAAACUGCCGUGCAUCAGAAACUGUCUGUCGGGGAAAACGAGUCCUUCCUUUUCUCUCCUCCUCUCACUAAGCUGACCAAGAAAUUCAAAGCUGGAAAAGCAGAUGAUGCUGUGCAGAUUAAGGAUUUAGACCCAGACUUAUCUUCUCAGUUUGUCUUUUCACCCCCUCUUUUGAGGUCAAGGAGAAAAAAUGUGUCUAGCACAUCCCAAAUCGUGAAAGAACCAGUAAAGGAAGAGGAUACCAAAUCCAUAGAGACUGUAGAAAGAAAGGAAGAAAUUAAGAGAAGUAGAACUGUAAAAUCAAAAAUGAAGAAAGCAAGCAAAACCACAAAAAAAGAACGUUCUUGGUCACCUCCACCUGUGGAAAUAAAACUGAUCUCUCCUUUUGGAACUCCGUUGGAUGGAACGAAAAGCAAACAGAAAGAAAGCGCAGACGGAGCAGAGAAGCCUCUGAAAAAGAACAAAAAAAGACUCUCUAAUUUUCCAAAGCCAGUUGUGCGCCGGAAGAUGCUGUAACUGUUUUUUAAGUUUAUAAUGUACACCACUGUUUGUAAAGUCAUCAAAACUGUGGGUUAGUAAAAGGAAAAAAAUCAUCUAAUUUGGAAGAGAUAAUUUAUAUAAAUUAUUGUAAAAUUUCAUAAACAAAUGGUCUUCAGUAAGUAACUCCAUAUGGAGUGUGAUUUCCUCAGUCAAUGCAGUUUUCUAUUUUAUAUUAAGACUUCAUACGUUUAUAUAAUAUGUAAAUACAGCUUAUUUUAGGAAUGUUAAAUAAAAAUGUAUACUUCACAAUA